ACAACAUGCGGUCGAUGCGCGGUAGUGUCACUUUAUGUGGAAGGACGACUUCUUUAUUUUUAAUUAAUCCGAUGCUAUACUUAAGGAUGUCACACAUUUUCUUAAUUAUAUUAUGUCAUAGUUUAAAUAGAGGCGUAAGAACCAUAAUGAGACAACGUCAAUUUGUCCAAGCCUGCUAUAGCCUUCUUCCAUGUCAUGGCAGACGACCGGUGGUGGGUGCAGCAGCAUCAGCAUGCCGGUGAAGAGAGCACCAGAAACACCGACCAAUGUGAUUCUUACCCAACUAAGUGAGAAUAUUCUACAGUUGAAGUGGUCUGCUCCCCAAGCUGAUGAUCCUCUGGUGACCAACUAUAUUCUAACCUUAACAGAUGAAGCAGGGACAGAGAAAAACUACUUGAUAAGUGGUGAUGCUGAAAGUUACACAAUAAAUAAUCUGGUACCUCUUGUGCCAUACACCAUCGCUUUCUCUGCUUUAAAUGAUGAUGGAGCGAGUAAUGAUGCACAGGCGCAAAUAACUCUUGUAAAGGGUCCAAAUCCUCCCACUAACGUUUACCUUAAACCAAAGAGUGCUAAUUUAUAUAAUUUGGUUUGGGAUGCUCCAGUUGGUCCUUAUGAUCACCUCUUAUUACGUUACGGUCCGGCUGAUGACUUGGAAGACUUUCAAGAGUUCGAAAUAGAAAAGAAUCAGACAUCAUAUGAUAUGAAAAAUCUCACACAAAAUGUCAGAUAUGCUGUCCAGUUUUACUCUCUUAAGAAUGGUGUGAGCAGUGUUGCCGCUACCAUUGCAUUGGACUCUGGACAGAGACCUGAUCCACCGACAGCAGUUAAUGUACAGAGCUUUGGUACAACAGUAGAUCUCACUUGGUCUGGUCCUGAUGGGGAGGUAGACGGCUAUGCGGUUGCAUAUUAUCCAACAGAUGGAAGUGAAGAUCCUGUGACAGUUUAUUUUGAUGAGGAUGAAACUAGUGCCACUAUUAGCGACUUGAAGGAGUCCCAGGAUUACACUUUUAAUGUGUACUCAGUUAAAAAUAAAGUACCAAGUCCAGGAGUUGGUGUGCAAGUUACAAUCCCAUCACCUGCAGAUAGGCCAAGUCCUCCUGGAUUUCUUGACUAUGUGCGCACCUCCAGUACAGGAUACAAGAUCUUUUGGGAAGAGAACUUGAACUCAGAUGUUGACAGCUUUCUGCUGCAGUAUCGACCAGUUGAUGGCAGUGUUGGCGUGCAAGAGAUCUCCGUCCCUGCAACAGAGGUCGGUGUAACUUUAGAAGAUCUACAAGCAGAUGUUGGGUAUGAAUUCAGCAUUUUCAGUGUGGCCGAUAAUGUCCUCAGUGAGCCUGUAACUGUGGAUUCAGCUCCAGAACCACCACACGAGCUUAGUUUCGAAAGCAUUACAGAGACUUCCCUCAAUGUCUUCUGGCUGCCUUCAGAUGACUUAUCCGUUGAUAGCUACUAUCUUAAGUACUCUGAAGUAAAUGCUAAUACGGAAGCAGUAUCAGUGACGGCUCCAUCUACCGCUAGGAAUGUCCUGAUUGAGGAUAUUGUCCCAGGUUCUGAGUACGAGCUUAGUCUUUCCUCUGUCAGUGAGGGCAUCAAGAGUCAGCCUUUAACCCUAUUAACAGGAAAUCUGCCAGAUCCCUGUUUCAGUCAACCGUGCAAAAAUAUGGGCUUUUGUUUCGUGGAUAAAAGCAGCGGUUCCCCUUCUUUCUACUGUUUUUGUCUCAAUGGCUUCUCUGGAUCUGAUUGUGGAAUAGGUAGGUCACAGCAUGCACCUAUAAAUUGUUAAUCCGUGAUAAAUCUGCAGUGGUAAA